AUGGAGAACAACUGGGUGCAGAAGCCCUGCGAGGAUAAUCUCGAGAUGCAUGGCAUUGACAAUGAGAUGAACAUUGGCCAGGCUUACACCACCGAUGAAGCAAUCCCUAUCUUGGAUCUGCGAUACUCUGGGCCUCCAAUGGAAGGGGAUUCCUUGCACUUUGACAGCGGUCUGAACCCACGAAGAAUGUCAGGCUCCUCAUUCACCAUGUCGACAUCUGGCGCACUCUCUGAUAUGCCGUCCUACGAAGACUUCUCCGCAGCUUUGUCGGAUGCACCGUCCUUCAGCUCAGAGUACCCGCCCCCAUCGAAUAGGAACUCCUUGAUGUCAUCAACACAGUUAUCACCCGUUGCCUCACCACGUAUGACGCCACAGACCGCUCAGCAACCUCAUUUUCUGAUGAGCCACCCCCCGGCGUUUCACCGCAACAGCAUGCUUCUGCCGUCACAGCUGCCGUCACAAGCAUUCCACCCGGAGGCGCAUCAAUUCGAUGCCCCGCCGCCACUCCUUUCCCAUGGGCUAUUCCGUAUGCUUCAGAGCAACGCCGACCCUCACUCCUUGCACAGCCACUAUACUGACCUGUCGGACCCCCCUGACCUGUACGCGUCACUCCAUGAGGAACAGGUCCCGCCUCCCCCAGAAGACAUGAACCCAUCGGAUCCGGACCUUGUUCCUCAUGAGCAAGAGCUUCGAUUUGAUGGCGACCUGUAUACCCCCAGGUGGGUGCGUGGUCAUGGUAACAAGCGCGAGGGUUGGUGUGGUAUCUGCAAGCCUGGCCGGUGGCUUGUGUUGAAGAACUCUGCAUUCUGGUACGACAAGAGCUUUACACACGGUAUCAGCGCUGCGACUGGCAGUCCUUUCCAAGAGCCUCAGGAGACGAGGCGCAUGGAUGGAAAUCCAGAUGUCUGGGAAGGGCUCUGCGGCAGUUGUAAUGAAUGGAUUGCGCUAGUCAGCAGCAAGAAGAAGGGUACUACGUGGUUCAGGCACGCAUACAAGGUGAGUUGCAGAGAUGGUUCUGUGGCUAUUCGAAAUGAAGAAUGCUAA